GAAACACUCCCUUCAUAUUCAUGCGCAAUAUCCCUCGAGAAUGUCUUCAUGAGGAAGCUAGAAUUUCAGGGCGCAAUCCAUCGCGCGCAGAAUCGGCAUUGGCGCCGGGUCUUCGUCAAGCUCCAAGGAACCGCUCUAGCAUUCUAUGAAUGCAAACGUGCUAGUCCUUUCCGCCGUAGUCGGGAACGCGCUGGCAAGGAUAUAGAUGUUCCCGUGGGGGUGCAAAGAGGACGUUUCCUACGGGAUUAUAAUCUACAGCAUGCAGAUGUCGGCAUUGCUGCUGAUUAUGUGAAGAAGAAAUACGUGAUCCGCGUGCGGGCUGAGACGGACCAGUUCCUACUCUCGUGCUACCGUCUCGAGACUUUCUUCCAAUGGCUCGAAUCUCUCUUCAUGGCUAUCAAUCUCGCGCUCCCAAUCGACGACCGUGAAAUUCCCCGUGACCCCUCGAUCCCGCGCCCCCGCAGACGACGCCGGUACACGAGCGAGGGCCUCUUGCGUAGGGAGAGCCCGGCCUUGGUGAGAGAGCAGUUUCAGGUUGUGUGGGAGCGGGAUCUUUAUUGGGCAGACCGAUCCAUCUCUGAAGAAUCGGAUGCCGCAUUCGGCUCUUCAAAUACCAUCUCAAUCCGUACCGCUUCCAUGAUUUCUACAGAUGACCCAUCAAAUCCUUCUAUUUCCCCGGAGACUGGUAAGUGGAGGCCCGAACAUGAAUGGUCGGCGAUGAAAGAUAUGAUGUAUGCGAGGCGCUGUAUGGCGACCCUGUUGUUGAGGAGUCCAAGGAAAUCGAACUUGGUGAUUGUGGAGGGAAAGCAGUGGAUUGCGAAUUGGGAAACGGGGGUUUUGAUGAGGUGUCAACCGCCGGAGUAUGAGGAUAUU